CUCUCCCUCUCAAUCAACUACUUACUCUGCUUGACAUCCAUCCAUCCUGCGCCCAGCACACGGAAUUCUUGAGCCAUGGAGGACGUCGAAUUCACGCGCUCUCACUCGAAUUCUCCUCUCCCCGAAGCCGGUCAUGAUCCUGGCGACCCUCUGCGCCCCGAGAUUGACGAGGAGAACUCCACCCCAAACCCUCCUAUCACCGACCCACAGCUAGAUAUGGAAGUUCAGGAAGACGACGAGAAAGGAAUUCUACCUGAUCAACAGGACAUCGAAGAAGCUGGCCUCUCUGAUAAUGAAUCCGCACUCUCCGAGGUCGAUGAGGCGCAGUUUGAGGACUUCGAUAUUGGUGAUAUUGCCGUGCAAGAGCGCCCGGCGCAAAUCAUCGAUGACACCAACCUCAACUUGAUUGGAGUCCAUAAGAGAAAGCGUGCGGAAGGAGAAGGGGAGGCACCCAAAAAGAAGAAGAAGAGAGCGGACAAGCCGCGAAGAAAGAAGGCCAAGGACAAUGAAGGUGCCGCCGGCGAUGAGACUGGUGCCCGGAAAACUAGAAAGUCCCGGAGAGAAGGUAGAGUCAGGGGAGCCAGUCCAGAUGAAGUCGCCGAGGAGCAGCUUAGUCCUGAAGAAAUCCGGAAGCGCGCGCUUGAUCGCGCCAUGGAUGAGGCCGUGAGGACGACCACUCGUCGACGUAAGAUGGCCGGUGUUGACUUAGAAGGCAUGGCCGACGAAGAGAUUGCACAAAUGUAUACGGAGAUGGUCAAAGCUGCCCAGGCCGACAAUCAGGGCCGUGAGCGUGGUGAACCAGCACGUCACAAACUACAACUUCUGCCACGGGUCAUGACUCUUCUGAACAAGCAAAACCUCAGAGAGAACAUUGUCGAUCCGGACACUAAUCUUCUCCAAGCGAUCAAGUUCUUCCUUGAGCCUCUAAACGACGGCAGUCUACCGGCGUACGACAUACAAAAGGAGCUUUUUGGUGCUCUAGCGAAGCUGCCUAUCAACAAGGACAGCCUGAUUGCUUCUGGGAUUGGCAAGGUCAUCAUAUUCUACAUCAAGAGCAAGCGACCGGAGCCCGCCAUCAAGCGUCAAGCCGAGCGUUUGUUCACGGAUUGGACUCGCCCAAUUCUUCGGCGGUCGGAUGAUUACCGCAAGAAGCAGUUCAAGACAGUCGACUAUGAUCCAACUAAAUCCUCCGUGACCCGGAACACGAGACCUGCGGAUAGCCAGGCUGCGGCCGCACGUGCUAAAGCUCUCGAGGCUCCUCGUGCAUAUCAACGUGCUCGCAUGGAGGGCGGACCGACCACCUACACGGUCGUUCCCAAGAGUAACUUUAUCGCUAAUAAUGAGACGGGGAGACGGUCCUACGCUGGCGGAGAGGAUAUUCUCAAACGAAUGAAGGCGCGCACAGGUCGAGGCGGGCGGUAAAAGCCCCAGGACCCUUCGUCGGGUGUACUGCGUGUAUCGCUGGGGAAAAAGGGCGCACAUUUGUCGAGGUUCGGAGUUAGGCACUGGGGCAAGGUCGGCUCGGUCCAUUCACAUCAGAUUGCUGGAGAUAUCCUUAGGGCAGAGGUGCAUGGUUGGCGUUCCAGGUUCAGCGCAACUUAGAACUGCUGUGUAGGUCAAUUAUCAGUCUUCUCUUUUCUUCCGGGUCAAGCCGUGAAAAUCCGCCCUAGCAUUCCAAAGUUGAUAUUGUCCUCAACGUUUAGGUACACGAUAAUCCGGGUUUUUGUCGCAAUUGCUCGUUCGGACAUCAUUUGUUGGCGGCUGCAUGGUGAAGGAGGCCAUUCGAGAGAUUGCUUCGAUCUGCU